AUGCGAGUUAGGGCACCAAGAAUCACCAGAAAACGCAAGAAAGACAUGUCACCCUUAGUCGGCAAGCGUAAGGAAAUCGGCGUUAUGCGUGAUGGAAAAUGCAUCAAACUUUUAUUAGACACCGGCGCAGCGACAUCGCUAAUUUCCUCCAGGAGGGCUAACGACUUAAGGCUGAAGACUUACGACACUUCUCCGGUAACCAUCCGUGGUGCAACCACCAAUGCCCGAGGUGUCCCAUAUACGAAAGCUACUGUUCUCACGUUUACCUAUAAUGCCUUUCAGUAUGACAUUCCGAUCUACGUGGGAGACGAGCUUCACACCGACAUCAUCAUCGACAAUCCUGUCCUUGAAUUUUAUCCCGAGCUAGGCCAACUUACCACGAAUAUGAGCCCUGUCACCCUAGAACCAUCGACCCCGCAGACCUGUCAAACCAUUGACCCCACAGAACCAUGA